CGGAUAUCACAGCCGUAACACUCCUUGACAUUCCUUGCCCUAAGUGUAAUAACAGCAUAGAUAAUCUCUGUAUCACCUUUCCGAUCUCAACCCCCCAUUCUCCAUUCAUUCUCCUCGUUUUCCUUUUUAUCUUUCCUGUUAUAUUCUUUGUCCCUUGUCUUGAUCCUCCUCAAGAACAGGACAAAAUGCUCCUAAAUUGGCUCCUCAUUGUAACGACGCUUUUCCCCCUCAGCACAUGUGCGCCUAUAGAGCACGAAGAUGCCAUUGCGAUAGAGGGCAUGGCCGACCAGAAGGACAUGAGCGGGAAGGCUGGAGACCCUCCUCAGAAAUAUUUCCACGAGUCAACCUUCGACCCACACUAUGAUGGCCGGUUUGCCGAGAAAGCGCUCGGCUACCAGGAACAAAAGGCAGCACUGAAGAAUCUUGUCCGGACAUUCCUUGAGACAAUGAGAGACCUAGGCAUUGAGACCUGGCUCAUGCACGGUAGCCUGCUGGGAUGGUGGUGGAACAAGCAGAUCAUGCCGUGGGACUCGGAUGCCGACGUACAAGUCACUGAGGCCAGCAUGUACUUCCUAGCAACCUAUUACAACAUGUCCGUCUUUCAUUAUAAGACACCGAGGUUACCGGCCGGCCGGAACUACAUGUUGGAGGUUAACCCUAACUUCUCCAACGGAGACCAGUCGGACUGGUUGAAUGUCAUCGACGCCAGGUGGAUCGAUACCGAGUCCGGAUUGUUUAUCGAUAUUACAACUGCUCGGUACAACCUGACACACCCGGCAGGCGAGGGCAUGAUGAGCUGCAAAGAUGGCCAUGAGUUUCGGGAUACAUACAUCUUCCCCUUACGGGACACCAUCUUCGAGGGAGUUGCAGCCAAGAUCCCGUACCGCUACAAAGAUUUGCUCGCAAAAGAGUAUGGUGACUGGUCACUUACCUUGAAAGAGUUUGCCAACCACAUAUUUGACGAGGUAAAGAUGGAAUGGGUGCCGAAGUUAACUACACAAUGAAGUGCGGGCGGAAGAGCAAAUAUUUGAUACCCUAUAGAUGAUGAUGAGGUGAACUUAAGCGGGUUCGUAGCCUCGGAAGAAGGACGAGAUUAGAUCAGCAACAAGAUACAGGGAUAUCCAUGUACAAAACAGAUGCGUAGUUUGCCACGUGAAGAGGUGAAGAAGAACUUAUAUUGUAUGAAUUAGAAGUAACGGUUGAUAAGAU